AUGGCCCUGCGACGACGCCUGGUAUCGGGGUACGAACGCCAGCGCCGCCCCCAUUCCAAGCUGCGGAUGGGGUGUGACAACUGCAAACGCCGCCGAAUCAAGUGUUCCGAACAGUUCCCCCAGUGUAUCGAGUGCACCCGACACAAGGUGGUGUGUCUGUACUCCCGAAUGGCCCCGGAAGACCAGCAGCGCUGGCUCUCGAAGAAGUCUGACGACCAGCGGGGUUCGUGGUCCGCCGCCGCCGCUGACCCCGACCUCGUCCCUCAGGGAGUCUACAGCGACCACUUGGCGUGGAUCCCCGUCCAGUACCACUUCCCUGGACUGCCGGGGGCCCCUAGUGGCCCGGCGCUGGCGCCACCGCUGCUGGGACCCCCGCUCCAAAUGGGACCGCCGAUGGCGCCCCCCAUCCACCACCAGUACGGCUCCAGCCAGUUACCCCCGUUACAAUUGCCCACCAGCUCUCCGUUGGCGCUUCCCACGGCGCCAUCAUCGCUUUCAGAGGCACUGGCAUCGUUCUACCACCAACAAGGCCCCGUGCCUUUCCCCUUAUCUCUGGCGCCAUCCUUAGGAGGCCAGGGAAGCCAGGGACUCCCCCAUAUGGUGCUGGGCCAGUCUCCCAUUGGCCAAUCAUUGCCUGGCUAUCUGAACGUGGUGCUGGGCUACGGCGAUAUCGACGACCACUACCGCGUUUGA